UCCUCAGAAGGUGAUAUAACCUAUUGUUUAUAUUUGAGUCAUGCAGAGGCGAGAAAGGACACUGCUGAAGAAGGUUCAACUACAGGCGUGCAGUUGAAACCAACUUCCUCAAAAAUGGACUCUACAAUCAUGAGAUCAUUUGUGAUACUCUUUCAGAUUUACUCACUCUUUUUGAGUAACUUUGGCCUCGGUGUCAGAGGGUUUUCACUCAGGAGUUGUUACCUUUUUGAAGAUUCAGCCAUUUGCUCCCAGAACCAACUGACACAGGUCCCCACAGACAUCCCUCCCACUGUGACGAGCAUCGAUCUGAGGAACAACAACAUUUCAAAGAUACAACUUUUAAAUUUUAGACAUUUUCCAAAUGUGACAAAGCUUGAUCUGAAUCAAAACUCCAUUUCAAACAUUGGUAAACACACAUUUUCUCAGUUAAUUUCCCUUAAAUUGUUGAUAUUGAGCAACAAUACCCUUGUCAAACUUGAGGAUCAAGUGUUUGAUGGUUUGUCCAAACUCAUAGAGUUAAGGGUUAGCUUUAAUCAAAUUGAUUCAGUGGCACCAAAUGCCUUCAGAUCCCUGAAGAGCCUUUCACUUCUUGACCUGUCCAGUAAUAGACUCUGCUCCAUUGCACAGCUCCGUUCAUCCAUACAGCACAUGCCACAGUUAAGCAACCUGAUCAUUAAAAACAACAGAAUUACAACUUUAAGGUCCCAAGAUUUAUCAAAUUCCUCAACAAUUUACUCUCUUGAUGUGUCAGAAAAUCCACUUACAAAGUUUGAGGUAACUACAGGUGCCUUUUCAAAACUGAAAAGGUUGAUCAUUGGAGAUCCCACAGUUAAGGCCAACCUGUCGUGGUCUGUGCAGAAGCACAGUCUGCUGGCUCAUGUGACGUCUGUGGACGUUAGCGGGGUGGAACUGGCAUCUAUGGAUGAAUGGAGAAAACUAUUUGCAACUUUUCAGUCCUUAAAUUAUUUACAAUUAAACUCAAUGCAAAGCAGACUUAGUGACUUGAUAAACAUGUCCUGCUCCAUGCGAAAAUUAUCAAACCUACAAAUACAGAAAAGCACAGACUUUUCUAUCAAGUCAAGUUUAUUCCAAAUGUGCAAAAAGGUAAAUAAAAUGGAUCUGCAGGAAAACAAGAUUAAACAAAUUGAAAAUGGUUCCUUUGCUCAUUUUGAUUAUCUAAAGGAACUCAGUCUCAGCAAGAACAGCCUCCCAAGUGUCCCAUUUGCAAUUAGAAAUAUACACAAACUUCGAAAACUCAAACUCGCCUUUAACCAAAUCACAGAACUUGGAUGUCAGGACUUUUCAGGACUGACAAACCUCAAAGAACUGGAUCUUCAAGGAAACCAUAUUUCAGCACUGAGCAAUUGCUCCUUUGUUGGAUUAUUGCAGUUGGAAAUUUUGAAACUACAAGAAAAUGCAUUAUUGGAGUUGGGCACUGCUUUCCAAAACAGUUUAUCAAAUCUUAAAGUCCUGUACUUCAAUCUGAACAAACUCACUGUUGUUCCUAAAUGUGCAUUCACUGGUUUACGUUCACUUACAAAACUGUCAUUAGCCCAAAAUCAGAUUCAAACUCUAGAGGAGGACUGCUUCUUUGGUCUGACAAGUCUCAUGGAUUUACAACUGCAUGAAAAUAAACUAAAAAAAGAUGCACUUGACAGUGCUCCCUUUAAGUAUUUGGUAAAUCUAAAACAACUUAAUCUACAAAAAAAUCAUAUCAAAUAUGGAGACGUUGAUCCCUUAGAGGAGCCUCCAUUUAUGAACUUAUCACAUUUAGAGAAUUUAAUGUUUUCAGUCCAGCACUCUACUGGACGGGCCCUUUUCCCUUUGAAUUUCCUUCAGGGUCUAACAAAUCUCUUACAUUUCUCAUGCAAUAACAUUCAACUUCAGAAAUUUCCUGAUGAAUUUUUCACCCACACACCUCAUCUCAUCUCCUUGGACUUUGGUGCUAAUGAUCUCUUUGAUUUGUCUCCAAAUCUGUUUGCUCCAAUCUCAAAUCUCACUCAACUCAGAGUUACAAGCACUAACCUUCGCUCCUUAGACUUUCUGAUCCACGCCAACCUGACAAAUCUGAAGAUUCUCUUGGCAAAAAAGAACACAUUUUCUGUGAUCAAUGAAGACACCAUCAAGUCCUUACCUAGGCUGACCGGGUUAGAUCUGGAAAAAAAUAGCUUUACAUGUGACUGUGACAACUCCUGGUUUGUGCAGUGGAUUGUAAACAACAAUCAAACUCAAGUGGUAGGUGCCCAUAACUUCACAUGCAGCUACCCGCCACAAAGUAAAGACUCAAAACUGUUGGAUCUCAAUGUACAGUCCUGUCUUGUGGACAUUGGCUUUAUCUGUUUCAUAUCCAGCUCAUGUCUCACUGUUGUGACCCUUGUGGCCUCAUUCAUCUACCAUUUCAGCCGAUUUCAGCUGACCUACGCCUACUACAUCUUCUUGGCCUGGCUGUUUGAUUCUAAAAACCGUAAGAAGCGAGCGGCGUGUCGAUAUGACGCCUUCGUCUCGUACAACGCUAAAGACGAGGCCUGGGUCUAUAGAGAACUAGUGCCACAUCUGGAGCAGGAGCAAGGCUGGAGACUCUGCCUGCACCACAGAGACUUCCUCCCAGGGAAACCCAUUGUGGAGAACAUUGCUGACGCCAUUUAUGGAAGCAGGAAAACCAUCUGUGUGAUCAGCCGCAGAUAUCUGCAGAGCGAGUGGUGCUCCAAAGAGAUGCAGCUGGCCAGUUUCCGUUUGUUCGAUGAGCGCGAGGACGUCCUGAUCCUCCUGUUCCUGGAGGACAUCCCUGUGUCUCACGUGUCUCCGUAUUACCGCAUGAAGAGGCUGCUGAGGGGACGCUCAUACCUGAGCUGGCCCCGCGCCGCAGACAACCCACAACUGUUCUGGGAGAAACUACGGCAAGCCCUGAGGUCCACAACCACAGCAGAGGAGGACAGACUACGGCUCACUGUCAAUCAGAUGCACCGAGACAGUGUUCACCUUAUUGACUAAAUAAAUGUUGUCUCACAAUGGAGAAAGGUUUUUCAUAGAUGCUGGUUUGAAAACCUUUCAUUCAAAUGAUAGAAUAUUUUGUUUUGAAUUGUUGAUUGCUGUGACUAGCUUGCUAAUUUUUAACCUCUCCAAAACAUAGGACCUACUAUUGUGGGGUGUUUUGCAAUGAUGGCAGCAGAAAAAGACCACUUUAAGUUUCUGUAGAUUUACACUGAAAAAUAUAUAGAAAAUAUGACUCUG